CGAGAGCGCUCCGAGAGCCCGGCCCGGCCCCGCCACCGCCGCCCCGCGCCGCCCGCACCGCCCCGCGCCGCCGCAAACAUUGCCGACCUCGCCAUGUCCGGCGGCGGCGUCAUCCGCGGCCCGGCCGGCAACAACGACUGCCGCAUCUACGUGGGGAACCUGCCCCCCGACAUCCGCACCAAGGACAUCGAGGACGUGUUCUACAAGUACGGCGCCAUCCGCGACAUCGACUUGAAGAACCGCCGCGGGGGCCCGCCCUUCGCCUUCGUCGAGUUUGAGGACCCCAGGGACGCGGAGGACGCCGUCUACGGGCGGGACGGCUACGACUACGAUGGGUAUCGGCUCCGCGUGGAGUUCCCCCGGAGCGGCCGCGGCACCGGCAGAGGAGGCGGCGGCGGCGGGGGGGGAGGAGCCCCCCGGGGCAGGUACGGCCCCCCGUCCCGGCGCUCGGAGUACAGAGUGAUCGUCUCGGGGCUGCCUCCAAGUGGAAGUUGGCAGGAUUUAAAGGAUCACAUGCGUGAAGCAGGUGAUGUAUGUUAUGCUGAUGUUUUCCGAGAUGGCACUGGUGUCGUGGAGUUUGUGCGGAAGGAAGACAUGACCUACGCUGUGCGAAAGCUGGAUAACACUAAAUUUAGAUCUCACGAGGGAGAAACUGCCUACAUCCGUGUUAAAGUUGAUGGCCCAAGAAGCCCAAGCUAUGGAAGAUCUCGGUCCCGCAGCCGUAGUCGUAGCAGGAGCCGUAGUCGCAGCAACAGCAGAAGCCGCAGUUAUUCCCCAAGAAGAAGCAGAGGAUCUCCACGCUACUCUCCCCGCCACAGCAGAUCCCGAUCUCGUACAUAAACAUCACUCUAGCUCUGAUCUUUUUGUAGAACCCCAUGUUGUACACAGUUUUCCUUUACUUAGUACAGUCUUUCAUUUAUUUUUUUUUAAAUUCCAACUGUUUUACUCGAAUUGGCUGAAGUGUUGAAUUGCAUUCUUGUGUAAAAUCCCUAGUGAGUAUUUGCUCCUCGACACCGACAUU